UCGGCGCCCCAAUCAUCCACUUGCGCCGGUCAGCGGCGGGCCUUAAGCACGUGCGGCGCCACCGGACGACCAGUGACCUCCAGCCUCAGCUCGAGACAGGACGAUGGUGCGGCAGUUCAGGACGGCGGCGGUGGUGGCGUGCGUGCUGGUGGCGGCGGUCGUCGCCGACCCGAGCCUGCGGAGGCGCGGGAGGUUCGGCUCCUCCUCCCGCCGCUCGUCGCAGGCCAUCACCUUCCAUGACGAAUUUGAGCGAGCCAACAGCGUGCCAGGGAUUCCAGUUUCCUUGGCUGAAUCUCUGAAUAAGGCCGAGAGCAUUCGAGAUUUGGAGCCUUUGAUCGAUCGGCCCAGCUACAUGAGAUACGACGUGCAGAGUGUCGCUCGGAACGCGCACGUGGGCGGAGAGGACGAACUCAGCACCCGCUUCGGUGGCUCCUCCAACGCUUCCGGCAACAAGAACGGCGAGAUGGCGAUGGCGGCCCUGUGCCAACCUGAGCUGACCACGGUGCCGGUGAUGGAGGACAAGGGGCCCAACACCAUCUUCUGGCCGUCGUGCACGCGUGUUGAGCGCUGCGGCGGCUGCUGCUCCCACGAGCUACUGGCCUGCAAGCCUACCGCCUCAAAAACCAUCCACGUGCAGGUGGUCCGGGCCGAGUACGAGGGCGGUACCUCGGGCAUCCGGUACACGGGAGCCGAGAUGGUGCCGCUCGAGGUGCACACCUCCUGCGAGUGCGGCUGUCGGCUCAGCGCCCAGGACUGCAACCGGUUCCAGGAGUACAUUUCCAGUGAGUGCCGUUGCAAAUGUGUCAACGAAGACGACUACUAUAAGUGCACGAAGAACGACAAGAAGCUGUGGGAACCUAGCACGUGCAUGUGCAAGUGCAAAAACGAGAGGGAAUGCAGUACGGGUCGCUACUUCGACCUCAACAACUGCGAGUGCCGCCCUCUGCCGUCGCGGGAGGACAGGCCGUUCGACCCGGUGCUAGGCAGCCGGUUCUACAACCCGUUCCGGUCCUUCUACUCCAGCGACGGCACGUCUUCCACCACUGAGGACCAGCAGCGUGCGAGGCAUGCCGACCCAGCCAGGAGAGACAGCCGGUCCGGUCGCACGGAGAGACCAGUACGCGUCCGGGGCCCGCAGCGGUCCAACCGCUACGAUGAGAGGGAACGACGCGGCUGACCUGGCGACCUCCACUGCAGUCCUGCCGCAGCGGGAGCGACGCGGUCGGACCAUGUGCCGUCACGAGCCACAGGACGCCACCCACCGGAGCUAUUUAUACGGGAUGCCGCCGGAGUUCGGCGCCACUCGUCACGCGCCGUCAUCUGCUCAUCAACGUCACGUCUGGCUGGGAAGCGGGAAGCGCUGCUGCUGUGCGAAGCCACGGAAAUGGCUUCGCGGACGCGGCUAAGGUGUGGCGCUUUAGUAAAACCGUAGUUUCCACCAAGCCGCGUACGCACGAAUGGAACAGGAGAUGCGGUGCAGCGAACAGUGCGUUGUGAAAUCAGAUGACGUGUACAGUGGAAUCCUGUGACAUGCGAGAAUUGCAGCGAAUACACAGAACAUCUGUGCCAAAGUGUUGAUGUUCGCCUCUGUUUCAGCUAACACAUGCAACUGAAGGUUUAUUUGUGUGCGCGAGUUGGUGUCUGCGGGGGUCACCAGGCAUUUUACGAAGGGUGGUCAACUGGGUCUUGCGUAAUCAAUGCUGCGUUUGUAAAUAUAAGUCAAAGCAUGGA